GCGUUUUUGCCCCCUCUUCCUCGCGCGGUUCCCGCAACACCUGACGCCUGCGCAAUAAGUCAGCUGGGUGUAUUGGGGUGGCCCGCGAGGGUGUUAGUCACUGCGUCGCCCAGUCUGCGGGCGUGACUGUGCCGCUCGCCGGGUGGUUACAUCGAGGCGCAGGUGGCCUCAGGCCGGCGGCGCGGGUUUACCUUGGUUCGCCGGUCCCAAGGUCGCUGAGUGGCCGCGAUGUCGAUUUUCACCCCCACCAACCAGAUACGCCUGACCAAUGUGGCUGUGGUACGGAUGAAGCGAGCCGGGAAGCGCUUUGAAAUCGCCUGCUACAAAAAUAAGGUCGUCGGCUGGCGGAGCGGCGUGGAAAAAGAUCUUGAUGAAGUUCUACAGACCCACUCAGUGUUUGUAAAUGUUUCUAAAGGUCAAGUUGCAAAGAAGGAAGAUCUCAUCAGUGCAUUUGGAACAGAUGACCAGACUGAAAUCUGUAAGCAGAUUUUGACUAAAGGAGAGGUUCAGGUGUCUGAUAAAGAACGACAUACACAGCUGGAGCAGAUGUUUAGGGACAUUGCAACUAUUGUGGCUGACAAAUGUGUGAACCCUGAAACAAAGAGACCGUACACUGUCAUCCUUAUCGAGAGAGCCAUGAAGGACAUCCACUAUUCAGUCAAACCCAACAAGAGUACAAAACAGCAGGCUUUGGAAGUGAUAAAGCAGUUGAAGGAGAACAUGAAGAUAGAACGUGCUCACAUGAGACUGCGGUUCAUUCUUCCAGUGAACGAAGGGAAGAAGCUGAAAGAAAAGCUCAAGCCUCUGAUCAAGGUUAUUGAAAGUGAAGACUACGGUCAACAGCUGGAAAUUGUGUGUCUCAUCGACCCCGGCUGCUUCAGAGAAAUCGAUGAGCUGAUAAAAAAGGAGACGAAAGGCAAAGGUUCUUUGGAGGUGCUCAACCUGAAAGAUGUCGAAGAAGGAGAUGAGAAAUUCGAGUGACAGUCUCCAGUGUCUUCAGCUGGCCAACACUAAAGCGUUUUCGUUUCCCACAAUCCUGUUUUCUUUCUGUGAUCUGCCAAAAACUUGCUCGGAAGGUUUGAUGUUUUUCCAUCUUUGUGGCAAACAUGUAUUCAAAAAGACUUUCCUAAGUAAGUGUUAUAAUGUGGGAUUGAUGUAGUUUUAAUUAUAAAACGGGGUUUUAGGCAAAAGUGAAAAAUCUAAGAUAAAGCCCGGAGUAGCAUCUCGUUGCUGCCGUAGGCCUUUGUAGCUUUCCAGGGUGAAAGUCAUUCCAGACAACCCUUGUGGAUAAAAAGUACAUUGUACACUGGGAGGAUGUAUCUGUAUGACAGAAAGGAAGUAUUUGCCAGAAAAGAAAAUACAGAGUGUCUAAUUCCUACCUAAAAGAAACUCGUGUAUGGGGGAACUCUGUCGUGACAUCGUGACCUAAUAGAAAGCCUGGAUGGUAACUUCCUGAUUAUCUGAAAAAUAGAUGUAUGAUGAGUGAGCAGGACUUAAAUAAUAUUCAUCAGACAUGCUGCCAUAACCUAGAUUAUAGUCAUUUUUAAUUCUCAAAGUUUAUAAUAUAUAUUACUAGAGCUGAAAUUAUAUGCAAUCAAUAAAACCACUUUUUAUUUUUGUUAAACUAUGGCUUGUAUUUCUAGACAGCUUCCUAACUCCCUUUCUUUUCUCUGCUUCUUGUUUGGUAGGAUUGGAGAGUUCUUAGCAGGACUUAAUUCAGUAUGAGGAAUGCUCAGAACAGGGCCUGUUCUGUUAAAUACCUGGUAAAUCUUAGCUACUAUUAUCUGAGAUAUAGUUGAACUUAAGUAUUUUAGUAUUUGAACACUUAAAUAGACAGUGUGCAAGUUUUUCAAAAUCUCCUUUUCUU